AUGAUCACCAGCACGAUUGAUAAGAAGAAUCGUCCUAAAAAGUCAGCACGGAUGCUCCAAUCUAAACUAAUACUCCCAAGUGCACCUGCUGUAGCAUUACACAAGUGUAGCGGUUGUCACAUGACUUAUUCGUUAAACUCGCCGUUGGAUACACUCGAACAUAAAAAGUACCACGAUCUACAUCUAAAUGGCAAAAAAUGGCUUCAGUCAUGGGGGACCAUAGUUUCGAAAUUUACAAUUGACAAAUUUACACCGCCAUCUACGUCAUCAUCUGAAGGCAGCAAAUCUGGAAGCUCGAAGUGGGAGAAUGAAGAACGAAUCGUGGUUAUUACCCCUGGAAGGCAGGCAGAAGUAAAGCCUAUGUUGGGUCUUAUGAAAAUCAUUAAUGAUGAACUGACUGCACCGCAUGAUGAGAAUAGCUUUUGGUCCGAGCAGGGAUUGGAUUCAGAGGGACGUGCUUUUGUGUAUGUUAAGAGGGGGCGAGCUGUUGGUGCGAUAACUGUUGAAUAUCUGAACGAAGGUCACAACAGAGGUCGGUGGAUGAGGCUAGAAAGUAGAAAAAUUGUGCCCAAUGUUGUGCCCAGGGUAAAGUUAGGAAUUUCCAGAAUUUGGGUAUGUAAGAAACAGAGAGGAACUGGCAUAGCAACAAGGCUGUUAGAUUGUGCUCGAAAGCACUCUAUAUUAGGAAUGGAAGUUGCAAAAUGGGAGAUGGCAUGGUCGCAGCCUAGCGAGAGUGGUGGGAGGCUCGCGAAAAACUACAACAGCCUGAAGCAUAGUAGUGGUGAAUUAUUAAUACCGUGCUAUAUAUAA